GGGUCUUGGGUGGCCUGUUUAAAGUGUGUCAGAACUGUCACUUGACGUCUAGUCUUUCUGUUGGGGUGCGAGCGCGUUGACCACUGCUUGUCUCGUGGAUAUAAUUGAGGAGGCUAAUCCACAACCAUGACUGACGCGCAACAAGAGGCCCGCUCAUACCUGAGCGAGGAGAUGCUUGCCGAGUUCAAGGCUGCCUUCGACAUGUUCGACACCGACGGUGGCGGUGAUAUCAGCACCAAGGAGUUGGGUACCGUCAUGAGGAUGCUGGGUCAGAAUCCAACAAGAGAGGAGUUGGAAGAAAUCAUCGAGGAGGUCGAUGAAGACGGCAGCGGAUCCAUCGACUUUGAGGAGUUCUUGGUCAUGAUGGUGAGACUCCUUAAGGAGGAUCAGGCUGGCAAGAGCGAGGAAGAGUUGGCCGAAUGCUUCCGUGUGCUGGACAGGAACGGUGAUGGCUACAUCGACAGAGAUGAGUUUGCUGAGAUCAUCCGCAGCACCGGGGAAUCCAUCUCAGAGGAAGAGAUUGAUGAGCUGCUUAAAGAUGGAGACAAAAACAACGAUGGCAUGCUGGACUUUGAUGAAUUCCUCAAGAUGAUGGAGAACGUGCAGUAAAACAGAGACUCAAGGACAUUCCUCUCCCCUCUCACCCCUGCCAACAGGAACCUUUACCUCUCAGUGCCACUCAAAUUCACUUCCCCCUUUUGUCCUCUUCCUGCUCUCCAUCUCCAGCAGACAGACAGAUAAACACCUCUGUGGGGUUUGCCGAGGUUGGGCUCCCACUGAACCCUCAUUGCAAGAUCCAAGGAGCCAAGCUGUGGUGUGGUUUACAGGCUCAUCGUGUUAUGAUGGCACUCAAAUUCGCUAGAAGCACAUGCCAUGGUAGACCCCACGUUUGUGGGUGUUUAGUCUAGAUUUAGUCUAGAUCAGCAGCUUGUUACCGCUGCAUAGACCAAUGCCAAAGCCAAACCACUUCACUGUAUUUAAGAACGAACGCUUGAAAACAGAAUAAAAAAUAAAACACA